AUGUCUACCUUUGUUAACAUUCUCGCCCUUGUGCCAUUGGCACUGGCUGCUAGCCCUCUGAUGACAAUGUCUGAUCAGCCCAUGAUCUUCAAGGAGCCAGACUAUGCCAUGCACGCCGGUGCAAUGGGAAUGCGCGUCUUGGCUGAUGCAAAGUGCAUGAACUUUGAUAGCAUGCCCGACUACCGCAUGAAUGUGGGAUCGAUUUAUGUCCCAUGUCCGUCCGAGUCGACCCACGAGAUCAUGUGCUCAAUGUACUCCGACCACGCCUGUGGCCACGAGAUGUUCACCUUCACCCGGCCCCACAUGCAGCUGAUGAAGAAGUCAAGCCAGCGCGAUAUUGGCAGCAAUGUCCGCAGUAUGAAGUGCAUGAUGGUCGAGUCCCCAGCCGAUAGACAAGGCCACAUCUUCAACAGCGACAACCCAUCCACCAUGAUCGCAGCCAGCUGCAUGAACGACACCUGCUCCAGCGAAAUGGCCUGCUGGUCAAUGCAUCCAGGCUACGGCAUGUACUGCUCGCCCAGCUCCAAAACGUGCCAGCGCUACGCAAUGAUCGGCGAGACCUGCCACGAGGAUGUUCAAUGCCAAGAGACUGAUGCCUGUAUCAAUGGCAAGUGUGCCGGUGUUCCGGAUAACUUGCGCUGCCCCAAUGGCUCUGAGUGCCCCUCUGGCAUGACAUGCCGCCCUCACCGUAUGAUGAACGUCUUCGGAAUAGCGACUAUUGAGAGAGUCUGCAUGUACAACUAUGACUCUCGCAGCACCAUGUGUUCUGCUGGAACGGGCUGCAACAAUAAUUUCCAGUGCAGCCUUCAUUGGCAGUAUGACUCGUACUGUGAAGCGAGUGGAAGAUGUGCUAUGAAGAAUGCCAAGUGUAUGUCUGCUAACCAAUGUUGCUCUGGAAAUUGUAGCCCCGCCGGAGAGUGCAUGUGA